AUGACUUUGCCCUCAAAUCCAUUGGUGGAGCCCAAAGGGGACGGACUAGAGGAAAAGGAGGGGCACUGGCCUCAAAAGGACUGGCCUAGGUUGCUUGCUGCCAGCCUCUUCUGCUCAUCUCAUCUCCGCGGCCUCAGAUUCCCUGCUAGAGACUUCCUGAGUCCGGUGGACGCUUUAAAGGGUAAGCGAGAGUCCGGGAGGACUCUGAAGAAGAACGAUCCUUCGGUCGUGGCUCCGGCUGCUGAAAGCCUCCCGUUUCUGCCCCUCGGGCCCCAGACCACAGAGUUUUCCUUCUUACUUGAGAGCCACGGUGGGGACACCGCCUCUGGCCAGAAAAUGAUACCAAGUUCCCUUGAUGUGUCUUUGGCCACUCUUCUAUCUCUUUCCCGGGCUUCUUCCACCUAUACUGGGAUCAAAAGGACAACUGAAGAAUGUGUAUGCUUUAAUGCAUUUGCAGAUGCUGAAGUUAUCCAGAAGUGUAUCCAAGGAAUUAGAGACAGUGAGCAAACUCUUAUCGGCAUUCUCACAGCAAGAUGUUAUGCACAGCGGCAGUUGAUUGCUAAGGAAUAUCGUAAAAUAUCUGGGAAGGAUCUGAAAGAUGACUUGAAGACUGAUCUCACUGGUAACUUUGAACGUCUGUUGAAGGCUCUUAUUACUUCACCAGCCACAUAUGAUGCAAAGCAAUUAAAGAAAGCCAUGAAGAGCUUUCAAACUGAUGACAGUGUAUUGAUCGAAAUUCUAACUACCAGGAACAAUAAACAACUGAAGGAGCUCUCUGAGGCCUAUUUUACAGAAUAUAAGAAGAAUCUUGUUGAUGACCUUACUUCACAGACAUCUGGAUACUUCAGAAAAGCAUUGAUCCUUUUGACAGAAGGCAAAAGAGAUGAAAGUCUGGAUGUGAAUAAAAGUCUUGCAAAAAAGGAUGCUCAGAUUCUUUAUGAAGCUGGUGAGAAAAGAUGGGGUACAGAUGAAGACAAAUUCAUUGAGAUCCUGUGUUUAAGGAGCUUUUCUCAGCUGAGACUAAUAUUUGAAGAAUAUAAAAUCAUCAGCCAAAGAGAAAUUGAGGACAGCAUUAAGAGAGAGAUGUCAGGUCAUUUAGCAGAUUUAUUGUUGGCUAUCGUUAAUUGCGUGAAGAACACAGCUGCCUUUUUUGCUGAAAAACUGUAUAAGGCUUUAAAGGCUACUGAAACUGAUAAAUGGGCUCUGGAUCGAAUAAUAGUUUCCAGAUCAGAAAAUGACCUUUUGGAUAUUCAAGCAGCAUACAAGAAGCAAUAUGGGAGCUCCCUCCAUUCAGAUAUUAAAUCAAAUGUUUCUGGGCGCUAUGAAGCUGGCCUCGUGAAUAUCUGUGGUAAAAAUGUCUGA